AUGCAGCAAAGACGUCUAUAUCCCUGGUGUCGCAGCAGACUGCGCCUAGUUAUAGCGAUCCUUGUCGCGUUCUUGUUUUUUAGUCUUCCACUUGUCAUUUGGAGAUCGCAAUGUGACGAUGGAGCAGUCAUCUCGUCACCGUUCACACGGAGUCAAGAGAGAUUUCCCAGUGCCUUCAAGGAUGAUAUUCAUCGAGACUCCUUAACAAUAGUGAUGAUGUCAUAUCCAAUGACGAAGCGACUGCAUCGUCUGCUGCAGAUUUUAAGGUCCAUUCUUUACGAUUGGCCAAAGGAUGAGGGAAUUGUCCAUGAAGUUCUGCUUGUGUGGAACGGUGCGGAGCAAACGAUACCACACGAAUUGCUCAAAUUGAAAUUUAUGUAUGACACGAGGCAUCGCUCUGCGUAUAGAGGCCGUGGACAUGCUCCACAUCUGCGCCUUAUACCACAAAAGUUAAACUCCAUGGCGAAUCGCUGGCUUAUCUACCCCAUUCUCCGUACCGAUGCUGUACUCAAUAUUGACGAUGAUGUCGAUAUGUCGUACGCUGCAGCACGAUGCCUUUUUUCAAUUUGGCUGCAGACACCCUACUCGCUUGUGGCAACAGAUGUACGGGCUAUUGUGGACUGCGUGGCAACAGCGGAACACUGCAAGUACGGUGGUCCUUUUGAUUAUAUGGCCCGAGAGCGACUCCCAGGGAUUGGCCUAUCGUACAAUAUAGCCCUACCACGUGCUCUUCUUGUCUCGCGUAUGUACUACAUGACAUUUGCAGAGUCUUUUCAUCGUGUUGUACAGGUGCCAUCGCAACCCACCUUGACAACCUUCACGUCCACUCAGCAAGAUUCACUUGAUCGCAUCGUGCAGGAAUUGCUUUGCGAUGAUAUUGCCUUCAACUACGCCGCCGCAAAUGCCUCUAUCCACUUCUCACGGUCUGCUGGAACCCAUUUCCGUAGUCAACGUCCUAUUAAAGCCAUCCCGCUACUUGUGAAGGCUUCUGUGACGUCAUUUCCAGAGUCGAAUGCUGCAGGUGCCCUCACAUUAGGCCAUGGGAUGAAGUUGAAGCGGCGCGAGUGCGCCAAGCGUCUUUCAAUCCUCUUCUCGUCGGAUGGAGGACGCACCCCCUUCCGUCUUCAGCACCAAAUUUGGCAGGCAACGUGUACGGUUAGCAAAUGA